UUUCGAGCCGCGCUGGCUGUUGGUGAAUUUUGCCACCCUCGUAGAGUAUGGAAACCUCCGAAAGACCCAAGCACUGGACUUUUUUCUGCAUGCCGCAGUGGGGUUAUAGCUAACUCAGCCCAAUUGUGUGUUGCGAGGGUGUUCAUUGUAUAGAGAUGAACCAGAAACUUUUCCUAUUGCUACGAUACAAAUGGGGAAACGUUGAGAAGGUCAAGCAAAUCCAGGCACAUGCCAUAACAACGGGACUCUGCAAUCACCAACACUUCGCCUGUAAAUUAAUCAACACCUACUCAAAAAUGGACAAACCACUUGAAGCUCAAAGUGUAUUCAAUCAGAUUCAAAACCCAGACGUUGUGUCAUGGACAUGUCUCAUCUCUCUCUACAUUCGCAUUGAACGUCCCAGCAAGGCCUUCUCUCUCUUCUCCGAUUUGAUCCUCACCGGCCUCAGGCCUGAUGAGUUUUCGAUUGUCGCAGGUCUCUCGGCUUGUGCGCGUGGGAGGGACCUGAUUAGUGGGAAGGUAGUUCAUGGGAUGGUUUUCAGAUAUGGAUGUGGGUCUGACACGAUUGUGGGUAAUGCUUUGAUUGAUAUGUACAGUCGAAAUGGACGGAUUGAAUUGGCUCAGUUGGUGUUCCGGGACAUGGUGGAGAAAGAUGUAUCUUCAUGGACCAGUAUGCUUAAUGGGUUCGUCAUGUGCAGUGAUUUUGAAUCUGCUCGUUGCGUGUUUGAUGAAAUGCCGAAGAGGAAUUCGAUCUCUUGGACUGCGAUGAUCUCUGGCUAUGUCUGUGCUAAGACCCCAAUUCGGGCAUUAGAGCUCUUUCGGGAUAUGAGAGCAGAAGAUGAAGACCAUCCUACAACAAUUACUAUUGUGUCUGUUGUCUCGGCUUGCGCUGAUAUUGGAGCUCUUGAUCUUGGCAGAUCAAUCCACGGUUAUAUCAACAAAGUCAAUCUAAUUACGGAUGUUACAGUUGACAAUGCUCUAAUAGAUAUGUACUCAAAGAGUGGAGCUCUUGCAUUUGCUAUGGUGAUAUUUGGUGAUAUGCCAAAAAGGAAUGUUUUUUCAUGGACCACCAUGAUAUCUGGAUUGGCGCUUCAUGGUAAAGGAAGCCGUGCACUGGAGCUUUUUUCCAACAUGUUGGAGUCAUGUGUGACCCCAAAUGAGGUCACUUUUGUUUCUGUGCUAUCGGCUUGUAGUCAUGCAGGAUUGGUCAUCGAGGGGCAGAUGUUGUUUAACAGAAUGAUCCAGUGCUAUGGUUUGAAACCCAAGAUUGAGCAUUAUGGGUGUAUGGUAGAUCUUCUUGGUCGAGUGGGACUUUUAGAUGAAGCAGUAGAGUUUAUUGAAAAAAUGCCCAUUAAGCCAGAUGCUGUGAUCUGGAGAUCGCUUCUAAGUGCUUGCAUAGGGCGUGGGAGUUUGAAAGUAGCUGAAUUGGCAGGAAAGAAGGUACUUGAAUUGGAACCCGGUGAUGAUGGGGUGCGUAUUCUGCUAUGGAAUAUAUAUUGUUCCACAAGUAGGUGGGAUGACGCCUUGAAGACAAGGAAGAUGAUGAGAGAACAAAAGAUCAAGAAAAAACCUGGGUGUAGUUGGGUUGAGGUGAAUGGUGUUGUUCAUGAAUUCCUUGCCGAAGAUGCAACAUUUCAUGCCAUUGCAGAUGUACACAUUCUUUUAGAAGCAAUUGCUAAGCAAUCAAAACUGGAUUUUGAUCUGACUAGUUUAGAAUAAAUAUUUAAAGGUAAAUUUAUGCAAAUUUAAUGGAGACUAUGUUAUCAAAUUAGUAUGAUUAUUUUCAUUAUUUGUUUAAAUAAGAAAAAUAGAUCAAGUGUAAUUGAAUAAAAAGAGCAUUAUGGUCAUUUAAUGAAAUAUAGUAUAAGUAUUGGGGUAUUUUGCAACAAUAUGUGAUAGUUUUAGAGAUAUUAUGCAUAAUAUAUAGUUCAGGGGAGUUAUCUGC